ACGUCCCAAUCCGAGCGUAUACCUUUCCCUCCCGGGCUCCCGGCGUGUAGGUAUAGUCGAGAGUCGAGAGAAUGCAGAGGCCGGUGAGCACCCCGUCGUUCCCCGUCUUCGCGGACGAGGAGGGGGCGGAGGACCUGGAGGCCAAGCCGGAGAAGGCGCCCGCCGUCCGGCCGUCGGCGGCCACGGAGCGGUCCGUCCACCUCGUGCCGCUCAUCGUCGUGCUCUGCUUCGUCGUCCUCCUCCUCUGCUCCCACGUCCCAACCCCAUCUGAUAUGUCGAGCUUUGGAGGGAAUGCUGGGGGCCGGAAAGCCCAAGCUGCUCUGACGCGGACCAAGGAAGGAGACGAUCGUGACAGUAGUCGUCAAGGACUGAGCAAGUGAUAUGCCAAGGAAAAACUGAGGAAGAAGCCUGAAUUUGUGAAGGAAUAUUUUUUGUUUUCAUUGGCCAUAAUGCGGGCCUCUUGAGAUGGGCAGGUAUGACCGCAUGGACGAAUCUCGUAAGACAAUGACCGUAUGUAGUAUGGCUCUGAUUGGCACACGCAAUAUGGAAUACCAAUAAA